AUGCGUAUGAUGAAAUUUCCCUUGGUAGAAACUUUAAAUGAACGUUUAAAUUUGGCAGUUAAACAAGGUCCUAAUAAAGCAAUCGAACAACAUCUUAAACGUGGUCAAUUAUUAGUUCGUGAUAGAAUUGACCUUUUAUUAGAUGAAGAUUCUCCAUUUUUAGAAUUAUGUCCUUUAGCAGGAUGGGGUCGAGAUGGUAUGACAUUAGGUGGUUCAAGUGUUGCGGGUAUUGGCCUCGUCUGUGGCGUAGAAUGUUUAAUAAGUGGUAAUGUCCCAACAUUAUUUGGAGGUUCAUCUAACGAAGUUAGUGUCGCUAAAGGUGCUAGAAUUAAUGCUAUAGCUUGGCAAAAUAGAUUACCUUUAAUUCAAUUAAUUCAAACUGGAGGCGCUAAAUUAGAACAACAGUCUAAAGUUUUUCAUCCAGGUGGUGCUCAUUUUCGAAGUUUGGCCGAGCGAACAAAAGCCGGCCUUCCUACUUGUAGUAUAGUAUUUGGUAGUUCAACAGCUGGUGGUGCAUAUUCACCUAGUUUAACUGAUUAUGUCAUUAUGGUGAAAAAUCAAGCUCAAGUGUUCCUUGGUGGUCCACCACUUGUUCAAAUGGCUACCGGUGAAAUUGUCGAUGCUGAAAGCCUUGGUGGUGCUGAUAUGCACAGUAGAAAGUCUGGUGUUUCUGAUCAGCUUGCAUUGGAUGAAUACGAUGCUAUAUAUAAAGCUCGCGAAUUUAUUUCUAGACUUAAUUGGGAAAAAAGAGGAAAAAUUCCUCAAGGUCACCUUGCUCCAAAAAUAGAUGAACCUUUGGAGCCCUUUGAUGCUAACGAAGUGAUCAAUCGUAUAGUGGAUGGAUCAAGGUUUACGGCAUUUAAACCUCUUUAUGGACCAAAUAUAAUCACUGGUUGGGCUACUAUUCAUGGUUUCAAGGUGGGUAUAAUAGCCUCCAAUAAUGUUUUAUUCAUUCCGGAAAGUAAUAAAGCGACCCAAUUUAUUCGAAUGUGCAAUAUGAUGAACGUGCCACUCAUAUUUCUUCAAAAUACCACGGGAUUCAUGGUAGGUAAAAAAUAUGAGGAAGAAGGGAUA